CAGACGCGCUCCGCAGCUUCACUUUGAGCACUUCAUUAUGUUCGUGCAAUGAAACUCAUGUGUGUCCCUCACCACAGACCAGUAACGCCAAAUCUGAAGCGCAGAUUGAUAGUCGCAGAAGGAUUCAUCUCGCAUCAAUCCAUGCUGGAUUGGAUUACGUGUUAAAUCCUCUGCGCUGGGAUUCAGUUUUGUUCCUCUGAAGAUGCCCGCUUGUGGAUCGCAGAUUGGGGACUUUCGCGGAAUUAAACGAGCUAAAGGCUGUGUGGUGAUAGCUGAAGCCUUCCUAUGAGGUGAGCAUUUCGGUGUGGACCCCCGGCUCCCCUCCCAGUGCCAGCAGCAGCAGCAGCAGCAGCAGGACUAAGGGAUGUCACAAGUAUUCCUCCUCCUGACCCUGCUCAGUUUCUCCUCCUGCAUCCAGGUGUCAUCUGCUGCAUCCCUCAAAACGUUGAUGGCAAGAUGGAUGAUGUACCGAGAUGAAUGUUUUCGAAAUAUUAGCAGAGAACCACCGAUGGCAGGUCUUGUGUGCAACAGAACAUUUGAUAAGUAUGCCUGCUGGCCGGAUGCACUGCCCAAUACUACAGUGAGUGUGGCCUGCCCCUGGUACUUGCCCUGGCACAAGGAAGUCCGACAUGGGUUUGUGUAUCUGGAGUGUGAUGCAGAUGGACAAUAUAGCAAACAUAAGAAUGCCAGCGAAUGUCUAUCACGUGACCCCACGCAAAUCAACAUGCAACACUACGGACGGAUCCUCAGUCAGUUCCGGACCAUGUACACCAUUGGAUAUUCCCUGUCUCUUGCGGCGCUGGUGCUGGCGUUGGGCAUCCUGGUGGCCUUUAGGAAGCUGCACUGCAUGAGAAACAACAUUCACAUGAACUUGUUUGCCUCCUUCAUCCUGCGAGCCUCUUCUAUUCUCAUCAAAGAUGCCAUGUUGGAAAGGCCUGAUGACUUCCAUGUUGGUCAGGACAUCACCACAGAACUGGAGGUGGAGUGGCUGGUUAAAAACGAGACGGCGGUCGGCUGCAGGGUUGCAAUGGUGAUGAUGCAGUACAGCAUACUGGCCAACAACUACUGGCUGCUGGUGGAGGGCAUCUACCUGCACAGCCUUCUGGUCGUCACAGUCUUGACGGAGAGGAAUUACUUCGCCAUCUACCAGUGUAUCGGCUGGGGUGCCCCUCUGACAUUUGUGUUGCCGUGGGUGAUCGUGAAGUACUUGUACGAGAAUGAAGAAUGCUGGGUGCAGAAUAUUAACAUGGAGUACUGGUGGAUUAUUCGUUCGCCAAUCCUGCUGGCCGUGUUGAUUAACUUUUUCAUCUUCAUACACAUCAUCAAGAUCCUCGUGUCCAAACUGAGGGCGCACCAAAUGAGAUAUUCUGACUACAAGCUCCGGCUUGCUAAGUCAACCCUCACCCUGAUUCCGUUACUGGGGAUCCAUUCAGUCCUGUUUUCAUUUGUUACUGAUGAGUCUACCUCACACGGAGCUCUAUCCCUGCGCCUCACAAAGCUAUUCAUCGAUCUAUUCUUCAACUCCUUCCAGAUCCCAUGUUCCUUAUUUAUGGCAAUAGUCUUCUUAUAUUGCUUCGUCAACAAGGAGGUUCAGUCUGAGAUUCUGAAGAAAUGGAGACGUUGGAAGCUUGGGAGGGACAUAGAGGAGGAGUACCGUCACACCUACAGCCAGUCCCUUCAGAUGAAGAGUGGCAGCAUCAUGGUCCAUCCUUCCAACCUUUCGCGGCUGCCUGAUAUCGCUACCACUACCUCCCGGCUCGGCAGUCCAGAAGAGAAGCAGAUGCUGGUGUCCAACAGCCAGAAUGGUAUGAGUACUGGAUUGCAGUUCACCUCCACCCCACAAGAUAGUUCCACCUGCAGUUCGAUAACAGAGGACAUAGUGAUGGUGGACAGAGGAAAGUGUUGUAGCGUUCAUCAGGACAGCAGCCUGUGAGCUCCAGAUGUCUUGCAGAAGAAGACCCUAAGCCCAACCACCUCGCAUCUUCUGGCAGAGGGCCCUGAAGCAAGGAGCAAGAGGCGUGUGAAUGUGAGCGUGUUUGUGUGUGAGUUUGUGAGAGCACUGUCCUCUCUGAUGGACGCAUGAUUGACACCCGUUCAUCACGUUACAUGGUGCUCAGUUGACACUGUCCCAGUCAGACAGGAUCAGCGGUGAGCAGAAGGUGGACAUAUGUUAAAGAUUUGCACAAAUGAACAAGCUAACAAACUCAAUGAUGAAGAACAGAGUCUUACCUCUAGUCUUAUUUAGCUGUCUGUGAUGUUGAUGAUUUAGUAGAGAAAACGCAUUGGGACUGCAGUGUCCAAGAGGAACCAUCACAAGAAAACAUCUACAACCAGCGCUGCUGGAUUAACGGAAGAUUAAGAAAAAGAUACACUUAACUGAACUUGUCAAAAAGUUGACUAAACCGGGUAAUGCAUUCCAGAGUGAAUAAGCUCCAUUUGAACUGAAGUAACCCCACAUGAAAAGGCCAACUUUGUCCUGAAUUUCCAUACAGGUUUAUGCUAAUAUGGUGCCGAUGGACUAGCAAAGCCAAAAAUGGGUGAAGCUGAUUGGUCAAGGACAUUCUGCUGGUUAAGUAAGCAAAGAAGCCUUAUGGUGACACCAACACACCAGCAUUUUUGUUUGCAUAUAUUUUGGAAUCAAUUGACGCUUUUGGGUACAUGUAACACGUAAAGCUGUUUUUGUGUAGUUAAAAUUAAAACCAUCUUUGUCUUUGUUAGAAAUUAAUUGCCAAGCUAAGGUAUAGACAUAGACUGACCAUGUAUUGACAGGUAUUACCCGUGUGCCUUUUUCUGUAAGUCAUAGACCCCAAUAUUAAAACAAAAACAGAAAGAUGCGCCUUGCAGAGUAAGUGAAGUACAAAUCAAACACCCAAUCUUCAGAGGUGAAAGUUGCUUGAAGCAGAUCUGUAUAGCGAACAGGACUUCAAGCAAACAUUAGAUGAAUGUGCCACUAUUAAUCACCAUGAUUUGCUCCUUUCAAGGAAAUAUGCUUGGUAUACUCAAGCAUGCAAAAUACAGCCAUAUGUGAAAUGCUUCAAAGGGUCUGGGUCACUGCCUUAAUGGAGUAGCAUGACAGAUCUGAUUCCUGUGUCAGUGGUCAGAGGAGAUGACUGUCCACCAGACAUGUUAAUAUGUUCAAGAGUCAGUAUUAUUUAGCAACUGCUUCUUCUCUCACAUACUUCUCAUCUUCCAGUAGGCAUUCAAAUUCUUUGCCAUAGAACUUUGAAAGAUGUUCAGGAAGUGUAGGAGGAACUGCAAGGACCAGAGCCAGAAAACGAAGAGAAAAUUUAGAACAAAAUACAACCUAAGACAUCGAUCAAAAUGGUUCCUCACUCAGAGGAUGCUUGUCAUGCUCAGUUCAAGAUAUGAUAUGCUAUCCAAAAAAAUACGCAACUGCAAGACACUGAAAUGAGAUUGCAGCAAAGUGUAGAGGUGAAGUGUGUAAUUUCUACGACAUUAGCGCCACCAAAUCUGUUUGUUUGAGUGGCCCAGCUGAGCCAUAACAAUAACAAAGUGUUUGAGGUGGGACUUUUUGUUUGAACUGUAGAGUUAAGGUUUGUCUGGUUAAUAUUAGCAGUAAAUCCCUGCUGGUAGAUGCUAUGACUACACCAUUAUAGAGGCAAAAAACAUCUUAUCUCACUGACAACUUUACAUGUAGAGCAACUACAUUUAAGUUGAAUGAGAAUGCUAACAGAUGGGUUUUCUCAGUUAUUAAAAUUAACUUGGUCUGAAAAUUUGGAGCAUAGAGAGUCUGUUAUGAAAAUAAAUUUUUACAAUUCUUUUUAGUGUCACUAAUGACGAAUAAAUGGCAUACUUCAUUUUUAAUGACAAUGAGCAGCUGAUGCCCCAUAUUGUGGCAUUUGUGUGCAUUAUGAUGCACAUUUAUAUUUUCUUUAGAUCAUCAAACACAUGAUGAUAAUGAUUUUCGCUGAUAACUAUUUGGGGCAAUUUGCACAAUUUUAAUUUAUAAUUGUUAAAUAUGUAGAUAUCGGUAAAUGCCUGUUGAGAUUUGUAAUGACUUUGUUUUGUGGUGUCUGUUAUUUGUGCACAUGUUGUGUACUUUGUGCUUGUGUGUGCUUCAUGGAGAGUGAGGGAAACAUUUAGGUCCUGGUUUAGUGUUCAGUUAACUAAAAAGAGAAAUUACUGGCAAAUUUUUGACCAAUUUUGCCUUUUGAGUGAGAGAUAAUUCAGUCCUUCUGUGGUAAUGGUGAGACAGUAGUGGCUAAUUUAUAAUAACUGCAGAUGAAAGACUCUUUAGUGCUUACAAAGUGCUAAAUGUUGCAAAAUCCGGUUGGACUUUUUUUCAAAAAAGGGAAAUACUUCAUCGCCACAAGGGAUCAAAGACCAUGAACUUAUAUGUCAUGAGGUUGUCUGCCAAAGCAAAACAUCCUGUUGAAUAUUUCAAACAGAUUUUCCAAAACUGGCAUCAUGUAAUGUUAUCCAAGCAUGACAGUAAUCGUGGAAGUCAAUAAAUCAUGCACACAUGAGCCUGCCUUCUAUUUCCAUGUGAGUGUAAGGCCUCUGUUUCUUGCAGCCAAACUGAAGUGACGCCAAAUUCUUCAGUGAGGGAGGCAAAGCGUCUGUUAUGCUCAUCUCUCUGCAUUCAAACUUCAGAACCUCUUGGAAUAUUUAGGAAUGAACUUGCCAAGAGUAUCCCAGGAGAACACGAGCCAUGCUUUGGAAGCAGGAGAGAUGGAAAGCUGAAUCUGUUUAAUAGAACAUGUAUUUGAUGAACUGAACCCAUUAUUUUUAAGUAUAUGAAUGGUAAUGAUGUUCCAUCAAAUUAUGAUAUUUUGAAACAGUCAAAACUUAUAUUGAUGUGUAUAUAGAAAUUGCUUACUCAAAAAUGAAAAAAAAAAAGUCAUUCAUUUAUAACGUUGUUUCGUCCCUGUAUUAUUCCUUAAUCAACAGAAAAGGACAGACCAAAAAUUUAAGUCGUCAUGACAAUCUUACCUUUUGCUGUAGCUUUUAAAUCUCAUGACGCAUGAAAAUCAAUGAUGUCAGAUUCUCAUAAAAAUGGGUUUGAACUUUGGUUUGUUUCUCACCUAAAGCUUUUUAUGACUUUAAAUGAUAUUUAAAGCUUUAAAUAUCAUAUUGACACAUUUUUGGUGCUUGGCAGUACAGAUCAUCUAAUUUUCUUGUAUAGAUGUCUAAUAUCUCAUUUUAAAUGUCAUGGAAUAAUUUGACAGAAUUGACAGAUCUUUUAAAUUUUUAAGUGAGCUGUCCCUUUAAAUUCAGUCUGUUGGCUAGAACUCGAAAACAUGCUACUAUUUCUAAUAAUUUUCUUCC